AUGCGAUGCGUGAGCAAGGCCGCCGAGAGCGCAUCCGCACGUCCCUGUGCGGACGCCGAAGCAGAAACCACAGCAACUGAUGUCUCAUCGGUUGCUGAAGCGACUCAGCCUGUGUCACUUGGUGAUGCAGGCGCUGGUCAUGAAGACACUCGUGUCUUGACAGAGUAUGAGCUCGGUGUCUCAUACUCUCCUGAUACGGAAGACGGAUCCGUAUCGACGGCGAUUGAAUCCAAGCCGCCUGCCAAGCGUGGCAUGGAUGAUGCUAUGCGUCGCAGCAUCUUUGGUUCAUCUGAUGAAUCAGAUGAACCAUCGCCGAAGCGAAGGCGCUCGAGGUCGCGAGACUCGGGCGCUCAAAGUGGUGUCGGUUCUCCUAUGGACACCACUUCGCAACGAUGUGCCAGUCCUUCUGUCGGCACGUCGCAGGAAGAGCGGGACCACAAUGUGUUGCGUCUCGCUCCCGAGAAGAAGGCAUGGAUACCUCCAAAAUCCGUCAUGGAUCACUUGUCGGCGACGACGAGUGAUCGUUAUCGAACACGGUUGUUCGAUUCGUCAAGGAUCCAUCACCUUGACCCCAGCGCGAAAAACUGUCGCGCUGAGAAUGAAUUCUUCAUCGAUGCUUUCUUUAGACAUCGAUGGUACAGUGGGAAUCACAAGCGUGAUGGUACCUCUCUACUUCAAGCGUGGAACGCCUACAUCCAUAACCUUGAGGAUGUAGGUCGUGACGCUUGGAACGACAAACUUAUCAAAGCUCGUGAUAAGUUUGAAAAGCGAACCCCGACAGGUGCACGCUACAAGCUGCAUCGUCUGUCUAGGGAGAAAUGGUUACCCUGCCUCUCCUGGGGAGACUCGUGCCCAUGUUGUGUGAACAACUCUGCGCGAACACCUAAGGAGGCUUACCUCCCUAAUAGCCCGUGGUGGCGCGUACAUAUCUCUAGUGAGAUGUACGAAGGGAUUGAAAACCUGAAAUUCCUAAGUGACCGUGCUGGGAAGAAUUUCUCCGGCGGCCCUUCUGCGGCACAGGAUAGGCCGCGUCGUACUGCUCAGCCAGAUCCAGUACGUCGAUCAUCAGUUGGGAGCGGGCUCAUAAGUAUCCCAGGACGGGGGAUAGCCGUGCCACCGGACGAGAUAACUCGUCCGACGUCCGUUCACGUCGCGGUGGUUCAACAGCUGCUCAACCAGAUAGCGCUGGCCACCGCAAGAGUCCUCUAA